AUGGCCAUCGGCCAGCUGGGGAAAGGCUUCAGUCCACUGGUGGGUGGUCCCAGAGGCCGAAAGGGAUCCUGGGAAAUCCCACUGGGCUGCUGGCACCUGUGUGGUGGGUUCAGAGUGAAAACUGAUCCCUACUAUUCCACUCCCUCUACCCUGGCUAACAUCAGUGUCCUCAACAACUACCUGAUCUGGAACCUGGUACAGAAGACAACCUCGAGCCUGGACCGACGCUUUGAGUCUGCGCAAGAGAAGCUUCUGGAAACUCUCUAUGGCACCAAGAAGUCCUGCACACCACGGUGGCAAACCUGCAUCUCCAACACAGACGAUGCCCUUGGCUUCGCGCUCGGCUCCCUCUUCGUGAAGGCCACGUUUGACCGUCAAAGCAAGGAAAUUGCAGAAGGAAUGAUAAGUGAGAUCCGUACUGCUUUCGAGGAGGCUCUGGGACAGCUGGUUUGGAUGGAUGAGAAAACUCGCCUGGCAGCCAAGGAGAAAGCAGAUGCUAUCUAUGAUAUGAUUGGUUUCCCAGAUUUUAUUCUGGAACCCAAAGAGCUGGAUGAUGUUUACGAUGGGUAUGAAGUCUCUGAAGAUUUCUUCUUCCAGAACAUGUUGAAUCUGUACAACUUCUCUGCUAAGGUGAUGGCUGACCAGCUUCGAAAGUCUCCCAGCCGGGACCAGUGGAGCAUGACGCCUCAGACAGUGAACGCCUACUACCUGCCCACCAAGAAUGAGAUCGUCUUCCCUGCUGGCAUUCUGCAGGCCCCCUUCUAUGCUCGCAACCAUCCCAAAGCCCUGAACUUUGGUGGCAUAGGCGUGGUGAUGGGCCAUGAGUUGACACAUGCCUUUGAUGACCAAGGCCGAGAGUAUGACAAGGAAGGCAAUCUGCGACCCUGGUGGCUGAACGAGUCCCUGGCUGCCUUCCGCAACCACACAGCAUGCGUGGAGGAGCAGUACAGCCAGUACCAGGUCAACGGGGAGAGGCUCAAUGGCCGCCAGACGCUGGGGGAGAACAUCGCUGACAAUGGGGGGCUGAAGGCUGCCUAUAAUGCUUACAAAGCAUGGCUGAGAAAACACGGUGAGGAGCAGCAGCUGCCGGCCGUGGGGCUCAACAACCACCAGCUCUUCUUUGUAGGAUUUGCCCAGGUGUGGUGCUCGGUCCGCACACCCGAGAGCUCUCACGAGGGGCUGGUGACCGACCCCCACAGUCCUGCCCGCUUCCGCGUGCUGGGUACCCUCUCCAACUCCCGGGACUUCCUGCACCACUUCGGCUGCCCACUCGGCUCACCCAUGAACCCGGGGCGGCUGUGUGAGGUGUGGUAGAGCAUGGGGAGGGUGGCAGGCUGCCUGGGCUCCAGGCUGAGGAGUCGGAGCCUGCCAGCUGGACUGGGCCAGCUGCUAGGGGCCACAGGUAAUACCCGUCCCCCUACUUCCCUCCUCAACUGCCUUGUUGUGCCUCUGUGGGGAGGCUGUUCCUGCCUCCAGCAGACACCCCAUCAUUCACUGUGAUUUCUUCUGAGACCCCCCUGCCUGAAGGAGGCUUGGUCCUUUUCCCACUGAAAGGAGACCAUCACUCUUUCUUGGGGCCCCUUGGGGCCUGUCUUGCCCCCUGCACUGAAGACACAGGCCAGGGUAGGGAGAGCUAGAUGUGGCUCCUCGAAGGUCUGCCCUUGGGGGUGUCACCCCUCCCCUCUCCCAGCUCCUCAUGCUGCUUGCUCCUCCCAUAAUGCUGCUAACCUACUCAUGGGCAGAACCAGGUUCUUCCUAAGCCUCCCUCCUGCCUGUCCUGGGCUCAGAGGCCAAGUGUGUGGGUGGAGGGUGGGCUAGGUCCCGUGUCUUGGGUACACGCCCGAGGCAGUGAUCACUGCUGCUUGGACUGAGCAGGGAAGCAGAGAGAGAGAGUGGAGAGAGUUUAUUUUUUACAAACAAGAUGGUGGGCAGAGUGGGCUUGGUUCUAGAGGACUCUAUGCCAAUAAAUAGACCCGCAUCCGCCA